GUAGUUGAUCUGCAAUUACUUGUGUAGAUUCUUAAAUGAAAAAGAAUAUUCAUCAAACAGAAUCUUGAAUCCAGUUUGAAAAAUUUAUGUACCAUGAACUCUAAAUACUCUUUGGUUAUUAUGAUGUAUUGAAAGAAUAUUACUGUGUAAUUAAGAUAAUCGUUUCCCUAGUGAACUUAAAAAGAAGCUGAUUGGUUGAUCCAUGCCUUACAGAUUGCAAGAGUAAUUCUAUCAUAAAUACUUAUCAUGUUGGAGUUACUCUUAUCUAUCUAUGCCUUACUAAGUUAAACUUCUUUCUAGAUAAAAAUGGUAACUUCAUGUGGUCACCUUUGUGUUUGUGGAUGUAUAUAUACAUCCAUAUGUUUACAUAUCUUACUGGAAGUAGUGUAUCCAUCUUCUAGCGCAAUCGACUUUGAGCACUGCAAAAGUUCAGUCAAGCAAUGGGCAUCUUCUUCCCUUCACUCAGAUACCAAGGAUGGUCAUAUUCUCAAGGACUUGCUGUUUUUUCUUCAUGUCCCAAGAACAGGAGGGCGGACUUAUUUUCAUUGCUUUCUGAAGAAAUUGUAUUCUAGUGCUCUAGAAUGCCCACGAUCUUAUGAUAAAUUGCGGUUUGAUCCUGGUUUUGCGUUCUUGUGCAGCAAACCAGAUUGCAGGCUAUUGGUAACUCAUGAUGACUAUAGCAUGAUGUCUAAACUUCCCAGAGAGAAAACUUCAGUGGUAACAAUUCUGAGGAACCCCAUUGAGCGUGUUUUUAGUGCUUAUGAAUUUUCAAUAGAGGUAGCUGCUAGGUUUCUGGUGCAUCCCAACUUGACGUCAGUCAUAAAAAUGUCUGGACGGUUGCGGUCAAAGAAUGGUGGUAUAAGCACUCUCGAGAUAUGGCCAUGGAAGUAUCUGGUUCCUUGGAUGAGGGAGGAUUUAUUCUCGCGGCGAGAUGCCAGAAAGAGAAGGGGUCCACCUUAUUUUUAUGGGAAUGAUUCAUAUAAUAUGGAAGAAAUUGUGAUGCCAUUACAUGAAUACAUUCAUCACCCUGUAGCUCUGGACCUUGUUCACAAUGGUGCCACAUUUCAGGUUGCAGGUUUGACGAAUAAUUCUAAUAUUAAAGGGGCACAUGAACUGCGCCAGUGUGUUAUAACCUAUCAGAUUCUUGGAAAAUAUGUGCUUGAGGUUGCAAAGAAAAGGCUGGACGAUAUGCUGUAUGUUGGAAUCACAGAGGAUCACAGAGAAUCUGCAACAAUGUUUGCAAAUGUAGUUGGCGCGCAAGUUAUUUCUCAGUUAAUGGCAACAACUGUAAAUGAUAGUACAUCAGAACAGGGUCCUUCAUUUUCUGAUUCCAGCACUGAUACAAUUCACGAUCAGGAUAACAGUUCAUCUACUGUUGAAGCGAAAAGCGAAAAUAUGACUGUGGGGAAACUCAUGGAUACCUAUGAGACCUGCAUUUCAUCACUAAGAUCGUCCCAGUCGCAACGGCGUACUGCUUCUUUAAAAAGGAUCUCCCCAGCAAACUUUACGAAGGAGGCACGUCAGCAUGUACCGGAUACGCUUCUUAAAGAAAUCAUUUCGCUCAACAGUCUUGACAUCGAACUCUACAAAUAUGCCAAGGAAAUUUUUCAAAAGCAGCAUCAGAUUAUGGAACAGAAAUUACUUGAUUCUAAUCAAGUUAAGCCUGCGAAAUGGAACAUGAUGCUUAGCAGCAUCGAUUCCGCAUGGACAGUCUUUUACAUUUUCGUGUUUGUGUUCUUGCUUUUCUUCAUCUGCUUCUAUGUAAGUGCAAAAAGAAGAAUAUCUAAACUUAAGGUGUGAAAAUUUUGAUUAAAAUGGAAAUUAUAGCGAUUCGAACAUAUAAAAUAUUAGGAAAUGAAACAUUAAGACACCCCUGUUAAGACAGAUUAGAAAGGUAACAGUGCACAUGAUAUAUUAUGGAGGUCAAAUAUAUUAAUGAGUGAUUUUCAGAGAACUUCUUGUACUUCAAUGUGUCAAAUGUCUACAUUCAAGUUUAAAGCAGGAUUUGGCUGAUUGGUACUUGUUGAAUUCA